AUGCAUUUUUUAUAUAAAAUCAUAAAUGCCAAUAAAAAUUUUCAGGAACAAUUAGACUUUUUUUCGCAUAUUUUUGAAACGGAUAUAUUUCUUAGUGCUUGCUUAGCGAGUGAUUUUGAUGAAGUUCAGUCAUUAUUGGAUAAUGGUGCUGAUAUUAAUACAUGUACAGUGGAUGGACUAACCGCCCUUCAUCAGGCAGUAAUCGAUGGAAAACCAGAAAUGGUACAAUUUCUUUGCGAACAAGGUUCAAAUUUGAACGCUCAGGAUAACGAAGGAUGGACGCCGCUUCAUGCAGCCGCAUGCUGUGGCAAUGUUGAUCUGGUAGAAUAUUUAUGUAGUGAAGGUGCUGAUAUAUCGGUGAUCAACAGUGAUAAAGAAUUGGCAAUUGAUCUUGCUGAAGAGGAUGAUUGUCGCAUGUUUUUAGAAAAAGAGCAUCGUAGACGUGGAAUCGAACCCGAGGAUUGUCGAAACAAUUAUUUGCAAUUUAGGGAGGUGAUUUUGAUGAAGCAUGAUGCUGAAGAAUGGCUUCGCUCAGGCCAGUUUUGCGAUCGACCACAUUCACGUACUGGUGCAUCCGCGCUACAUGUUGCUGCUGCCAAAGGUUAUGUGGAUGUUGUAAAACUCUUAUUGCGCGCAGGUGCUGAUAUAAACUGUCGUGAUCGUGAUGGAUGGACUCCCUUACAUGCAGCUGCACAUUGGGGUGAAAUGGAAACAGCUGCAGUUUUAAUUCAAAAUGGAGCAUCACUCAGUGAAUUAACAAAUAGCGUCUGUUAUUCAUGA